UAAUAUAGGUUAUUCUUACAGUGUAUUUUUUUUAUUGAUUACGGAACCUGACCCUGUGCUUGUACCGACGAUAUUUGACCAGUUAUAAGUCUACGUUGUAAAAGUGUAAACUGCACUAAUCGCAGAGUGGAAAAAAUAUAUAGAUAAUUAUUAUGACGUUUGUUUUCUUUAGAGCAUGUACAGCAUAAGCGUUUUACGCGCGAAUUUAUAGCACUUUUAUCACCAGCACCAGGUAGGUACAUACCUAGUAAGCAUGCAACGGCAAACAUAGCGGCAGAUGUUCACCAGGGUUAGAGAAACACACUUUAAAAAAACACGUUUUGCUUACAACAUGCUUAAAACUGUUUUUUUUUUUUUAUAAAAAAAUAUGCUUAAAACACUUUUAUAUAAAUAAUGUUGAUCCAAGCGUUGUCGAUUCGGGGACCUCUAAUUUGUGUUCAAAAGGGAAGGAUAAUUCGGGAGUAAUUUUGACAAGUGGAUUAUAAAUGCAAAAUAUUCUCUUAGUGAGUAAAAGUGUGCACUCCUUGCAAAUGCUUGCAAUAAAAACAAAAAAUUGUUAUCACCCUAAUUUGCGCUAUCUAAAGCAAAUAAUAAUUUUUAUACGGUAGGUAAUAGUAUAAAUUACGUUGCACAUUUUAUACUAAACAUACAUGCAGUUAGUUCAUAAUUGCAAUGUAUUUACUUUUGUUGUUCGUUAUUGGAGUACUGUAUUAUUCACAUUAUAUUUUAUUAAAGAAUCGAAAGUAUUGGAAAAACAGAAAUAUUCCCUAUGUAAAGCCAUUACCUAUAUUCGGAAACUAUAAAGACUGUCUUCUGGUGAAAAAACAUAUAAACCUAGUGGUGCAAAAUUUGUGUCAACAGUUUCCAGAUGAGCCUUACUUUGGAUCCUUUUAUGGAACGAGCCCCGCACUCAUUAUUCAAGACCCGAAUUUGAUAAAACUAGUUCUCUCAAAAGAAUUUUACUUCUGUAAUGGCAGAGAAACAUCCGAUUAUAAUGACAAAGAAAUGUUUUCAAAAAUGAUGUUUUUUGCCAAUGGUGACGAAUGGAAAGUAUUACGCAUGAAUUCAUCUCAACUUUUUUCUUCCGCAAAAUUGAAGAAAAUGUUCUAUUUAAUAAAUGAUUCUUCAGAUACAUUAGAGAGAUUACUUGCUGAUGAAAUAAAAACAGGUCCGGAUAUCGAAGUCAAGAAUUUGCUCUCAAGGUACACUAUGGAUUGCAUUACGACUUGUGCAUUUGGAUUCAAUUCUGAGACAAUGAAACAGGAUGUGCACAAAAACCCCUUUACUACGAUGGCUGAAAAAAUAUUUGAUAGAACAGUUUCUGGAGCUCUUAAAAAUUACUGCCGAUCAAUGUGGCCGCGAUUAUUUUAUGCGUUAGGAUUUAAAUUAUUAGAAGAUGAUGCUGGUACGUUUUUUAACAAUGUGAUUACGGAGGUGUUAAGACAACGCGGGGAAGCAAAAUCUUCUAGAAAUGAUUUCGUGGAUCUCAUUUUAACUUGGAAAACAGACAAGUACAUAUCUGGAGAUAGGUUGAAUAAUGCAGCAACCGGUGGUAAAAAGAAAGUGAGAUUUGAGGUUAAUGAUGAUUUGAUUGUUGCACAAUGCGUACUUUUUUUUGCGGCUGGAUUUGAAACAACGUCGACGACUUUGAGUUUCCUUCUGUAUGAAUUAGCAAAAAAUAAGAUGGUUCAGGAAAAAAUGAUAGCAGAGGUUGACGAAUAUUUUUCCAAGCAUCAGUCGAUUGAAUACGAGUGCAUCAAUACGAUGCCAUAUACUGAAUCGUGUAUAGAAGAAUGUCUACGCCUGUAUCCGGCGUUGGGUCUCUUGACCCGAGAAGUGAUGCACGAUUACUCCCUACCAACGGGUGUUCGUUUAAAGAGAGGAGAUCGUAUUCAUAUACCUGUGUAUCAUAUUCAACGUAAUCCUGACCAUUUUCCAGAGCCGGAAGUAUACCGUCCUGAACGAUUCUUUGGAGACGAGAAAAAAAAUAUCAAACCAUAUACUCAUAUGCCUUUUGGCGAAGGACCUAGGAUAUGCAUAGGUAAAAGGUUUGCAAAGAUGCCUAUGCAUGCGGCACUCUUAAAGAUAUUCAAGAAUUACAGAGUAGAACUCGCAGAGAGCAUGCAACAUGAAAUAUCUUUAAAUGCUAAAUCUCUUAUCAUGCAGUCUGUUGGCGGGAUCCAUAUAAAAUUUAUUCAAAGACAAGUUUGAAAUUGUAAUUAGGUAGGGUGAAGGGUCCUAUAAUAUGCAGUAAUAUGCAAUUCGAUAAAAGUUAUCUGAAUCUGUAAAAGGAAAAGGUGUCAGCCAGACUGCUCAACGCACAACAUCUGCUAAGAAAGGAUUUUUGAAAUUUCAACCCCUUUCAAACCCCUAAAGCGCAAUUUAAACUACGAAGUUAGUAGUAAUAACAGAGCCUUCCCUUCUACGUCCCUCGGAACAUCUUGCCACUGUUGCUAAUCAAACACAGUACUUCGGUUUAUAUAUAUUGUAUAUUCAAGACAUUAAGCUCAUCAUCAUUACUUAGAUAUUCACAACUGCGUACCUACUUAUUCUAAGAUUCACAAUGAUAUCAUUCUAUAUGCAUUUUACACAAUAUAGCUUUUCCCCAAUCGCUUUUCUAAUGAUUCACUCGACUAUCCUAACCGUCAUCGCUGUUGACAGCUGACAACUCUAAUGUUACCAUCGCGAAGUGUUGCCACGUUUCUAACACUACAAAUUGUAUACAUUAUUUUAUAAUACUUGCGUUUAUUUAUGAAUAUCUAACAGUCGGCCGUCCUCACUACAUUAAGUUUGUCCUCAAACUUAUUAAAUUUUUAUAUUUUAUACGCAACAGUUUCUACCUAUUGUCAUUAUAAUACCUAAACAUCAAGAUUUUCAGCAAUAGAUUAUAAUUUUCAAGUAAUUCAUAUUAAUAGAACUAUCCUCAACUCAUAAGAACUGACUUUAUUCCUCAGCUAUACAAUGCAUGAUAAACUUUAACUUUAACUCUAAACUACUAACUACUUGAAAACAUAUUCAUAAAUUCCAAUCUUUUCUGCUUCAAAUCAAUAACCAGCCGCUUUCCUUGCCGCCAAAUCAAGAGCUCAUUUGCCACAAGACUUCACUGUACAUCUGCACCGCACCCCUCACCGCCAAGUCAAGAGCUCAUCUGCCACAAGACUUCACGGCCGUCUACGACUUCCAGACAUA